AUGGGGACAGGUUUCUACAUCAGUAAAGUGGUUGGGAUAGUGGGCAUGAUCGUGGGUGCAGGCGCCCUGGCUACUAUCAUAGGUCUGUCUGUCGUUUACUCACAGGAAAAAGCUAAAAAUGAUAAUAAUAAUCAAGUGUCGCCAACGAGUGGGGGAUCGACAGCCACACCACCUGUUACAACACCUGUCCCAUCAAACGAGCUUUGGGACAAAUAUCGUCUGCCCCAGACCCUGAUGCCAGACCACUAUAACGUCACCCUGAGACCCUAUCUGACUCCAAAUGCAAGUGGAGUCUACAUCUUUGAAGGUGAAACCAGUGUGGAGUUUGAGUGUGUUGAGGCGACUGACCUGAUCCUCAUCCACUCCAAUAAACUGGAUUAUGAAACACUUCAAAACAAGCAAUGGGCGAUGCUCACUGCAGUGAAUGGUGCCAAUGCCCCCUCAAUCACGUCUUCCUGGCUCCAGAAAGAGACUCAGUACCUGGUCCUACACCUGGAUGCUAAACUGGUGAAGGGCCUGACGUACCGCCUCUUCAUGAAAUUUGUCGGAGAACUGGCUGAUGACCUCGGAGGCUUCUACAGGAGCGAAUACAUUGAGAAUGGAGUGACAAAGGUUGUUGCUACAACUCAGAUGCAGCCCACAGAUGCCAGAAAGGCUUUCCCGUGCUUUGACGAGCCAGCUAUGAAAGCUAUUUUCCACAUCACUCUGAUCCAUGACGAAGGAACAGUUGCACUAUCCAAUGGCGAGGAAAAAGAAUCAACCCCCAUGACCAUUAAAGGGAGGGCAGUGCGGAAGACUGUUUUUAAGCCAACUGAGAAAAUGUCCACCUACCUCUUGGCCUUCAUUGUCAGCGAAUUCGACUUCAUCAGUAACACCAUUGAUGGAGUUUUGAUCCGCAUCUUCGCUCGAAAGCCUGCUAUUGAUGCUGGACAAGGAGAUUAUGCCCUCAACAAAACUGGACCCAUCCUUAAGUUUUUUGAGGAGUAUUACAACUCCUCAUACCCUCUGCCCAAAUCUGAUCAGAUAGCUCUGCCAGAUUUUAAUGCUGGAGCCAUGGAGAACUGGGGUCUGAUCACAUACAGAGAGACAGCUCUGCUCUAUGAUGAAGAGUACUCCUCCAACUCCAACAAGCAGAGGAUCGCCACCAUCAUUGCUCAUGAACUGGCUCACAUGUGGUUUGGAAAUCUGGUGACUCUGAGGUGGUGGAAUGACUUGUGGCUGAAUGAAGGUUUUGCCUCCUACGUUGAGUAUCUGGGAGCACACGAAGCUGAACCUGACUGGAACGUGAAAGACCUCAUCGUGCUCGGUGACGUCCACCGCGUGUUUGCAGUCGAUGCCCUGGCCUCCUCUCACCCUCUGUCCUCUAAAGAAGAGGACAUCCAGAAACCAGCACAGAUCAGUGAGCUGUUUGAUGCCAUUUCAUACAGCAAGGGAGCGUCUGUUCUGAGGAUGUUGUCAGAUUUCCUUACUGAAGAAAUCUUUGCAAAGGGACUCCAGACCUACCUGAAAGAAUUUCAGUUUGGGAACGCAGUCUACACAGACCUCUGGAGGCAUCUGCAAAUGGCUGCUAGUGGCUCAGGCCUUCCUCAUACUGUCGAUGACAUCAUGAACACCUGGGUGCUGCAGAUGGGCUUUCCAGUGGUUACCAUCAAUACUGCUACUGGAGCUGUAUCCCAGAAACACUUCCUCCUGGAUCCAGACUCUGAAGUUACUGUUCCAUCUCCCUUCAAUUAUGAAUGGAUUGUUCCAAUGAGGUGGAAGAAGUCAGUUGAGGGCGACCAGCCACUAACAUGGUUGUCUGCUAAAUCACAAACAAUUGAUGCCAUGAAGACAACAGGGGCUAACUGGGUGCUGGCCAAUCUCAACGUAGUGGGUUACUACAGAGUCAACUAUGACAAUGCCAACUGGGUCAGACUACUAAACGCUCUGAGCACCGAUCAUGCGACCAUUCCAGUGAUCAACAGAGCUCAGCUGGUGGAUGAUGCCUUCAACCUGGCCAGAGCAAAGGAGAUCACCACAGUACGGGCUCUUGAAACCACCAUGUACCUGAAUAAGGAGAGAGAAUACAUGCCCUGGGAGUCGGCCAUAAGCAACCUGGAUUUCUUCUACCUCAUGUUUGACCGCAGUGAGGUUUAUGGACCCAUGCAGGAUUAUCUGAGGAAGCAGGUUGUCCCUCUGUUCCAAUACUACAAGGAAAGCACUGCCAACUGGAGCAAAGUACCUACUGGACACAUGGACCAGUAUAAUGAGGUGAAUGCUAUCAGCCUGGCUUGCAAGACAGGCCAUAUUGAGUGCCAAAAUCUGGCCACGGAAUGGUUUAAGGAUUGGAUGGAUACUGAUGUAAACAAGAUUCACCCCAACCUGCGUUCCACUGUGUACUGUAAUGCUAUCGCAGCAGGUGGUGCUGCAGAGUGGAACUUUGCAUGGGGAAAGUUUCGGAACGCCACCAUUGCUACUGAAGCUGAGAAACUCCGCACUGCCCUGGCCUGCACGAAGCAAACCUGGCUGCUCAACAGGUACCUGGAGUACACUCUGGAUCCAAAUCUGAUCCGAAAGCAGGAUGCCACUUCCACCAUUAUCUACAUUGCUGGCAAUGUGGUUGGCCAGCCUUUGGCCUGGGACUUUAUGAGGUCUCGAUGGUCGUACAUCUUUAGUCAGUAUGGUGGUGGAUCUUUCUCCUUCUCCAACCUCAUCAAUGGAGUCACCAAGCGCUUUUCUACUGAAUUUGAGCUUCAGCAGCUGAGGCAGUUCAAGGCAGAUAAUUCCGACGUUGGUUUCGGCUCUGGGACGCUGGCAGUGGAUCAGUCCAUUGAGAGAACCAUCGCCAACAUGAAAUGGAUCUCAGAGAACAAGCCAAGCGUUCUGAAAUGGUUUGAGGAUGCAGCAAAAGCUUAA